AGGGAGGAAAUAUUUGUCAUAAAAUCCAAUCAUUUUCAUACCACAAAGCAAGGCCCCAUUUCUAUACUCAAACUUGUGCACAUUUAGAAACCUUACAUUCUCAAAAUGAAGAUUACAUCCCCUUUUCUAUUACUAAUGUUCCUCCUCCUCCUCCUCCUCCCAUCAUUCCAAAAUGCAGUUUAUGCAACUAAAUCAGACAAUUUUAAGGUUCGGGGAGCACGACAUAACUCAAAGCUAGGCAGCAAACACAGCUCCACUCCUCAGCAGGAAGAGAAGAAGGUUUAUAAACGGCCAUCUGGACCAAACCCAGUGGGGAACUUUCGUCCGCCUUCAAGGAGAUGAAUAGAUGGUGCAGUUCCUCUAUGAAACAAGUAGAAACGGAAGAUGACUAUUGAAGUUUUAGAUCUAUGGUGAGUUAGAAGAAUGGAGGGCAUUCUGUCUGUAUAAAAAUGAUGAAUUUCUAUGGAGCCAUUGUAUUUCCUUGAGUCUGUAAAAUAUGGAUAAAAUACCAUUGUUCGGUUGAGUUGUUGCCUCUACUGUGUAAUAGCAUCUAGGCAGUUUCUCAUGGUUCUAAUCAAUAACACAAGGUAUCUAUCUGUCUAUAGGAACUUUCUAGAAAGUUCUAGAUGAGAUGGUUAUGGUAUUUACCUACGGCAAUUUCUAAUAAACUUGAG